AAAUUGGCUCCCUUAAAUGGAAAGGAGCAAUCAUGGACGGUAUUAGUUCCACUUGUGCUUUACUUGACAUGAAAUGAGUUAAACGGGGUCCGUACAAUUAAACAAAAUCAACCCUCUUCAGUGAUAAUAUACGUACGUUGAUUUGUAGGUCUAAACCCUAAAACAAAACUUCCGAGCAUGGUUUACCUGUCACUGUUGUUCAUGCUGCCGUUGUUGUCCUCCACUGAUGGAGGAACACCACCGACGGUUUUGAAUCAACCGACCCAGGUGAGCGAAACGCCGACUCUGCCGUCGUGGUACCUCCAUCUCCCCGUGUUUUUGAACUCCAAUCUGCCGCUGGUGAAGAAGGAGCUGUUUUACCCAUCCAGGGGCACCGGACUGGAGCCUUUACCCGAGCCCGUCCGGGAGAUUCUGCUCCCGGUUCGGGCUGAAACCCCACCGCCCAGAGUUUCGGGUGUUUCCGUGAGGACUUUGUGCAAGCGCAACAAGAUGCUCGUGCAGGUGCAGAGGAGCCUUUUGGGCACCGGUGAACUGGACUCUCUGCUCAAACUGGGAACAUGUCAAACCAGUAAUGCCACGAAUAAUUUCCUUUAUUUUGAAUAUGACCUUGGCAUGUGUGGAACCAAACGCACGAUAAUUAAUAACCAGGUGACCUAUUCAAACAAACUACAAUAUGAUCCACCAAGGCGCCACGGACCAAUCAGGCGGACUGUUCCCUUCACCCUGCCUGUUGCAUGUUAUUAUAACAGGUACCAAUACGCCUACAAAAUUGGCUACACACCAAAGAUGCAGCUGCACAAAAUCUUCACACCACUGACGAACAGACUAAAAUUCAUGCUGACUCCACGAAAUGCUCAGUGGGAAAGUCUUUCUCCUUCAGAUCAGUACGUGCUCGGUAAACCCAUGUACUUUGAGGCGGAGGCUCCGUCCAUGUCCCAAGACCAAAGACUGUACGUUCACUUGUGUUAUGUAACCCCUGAGAAGUCCCACACCGCCACGCCUCAGUUUCCAGUCGUGAAAAACUUUGGCUGUAUGGUUGAAAGCAAGGAAAGUCACUCCAGAUUCAUCUCCUACAAAAACAAUGCUGUGAGAUUCUCUGUGGAUGCCUUCUUGUUCACAGGAAUGACAGGCCAGCAGCUCUACAUGCACUGCUCCAUGUCUGUAAGCAGUUCUGUCCCCACACCUAGAGCGAAGUCCUGCAACUACGACACACAGGAAGGAAGAUGGUCUGAGCUGUAUGGACCAGACUCUGUGUGCACCUGCUGCGACUCCAACUGUAACUCUGCUGCAGCCUCAGUCACAAAAAUAAUUAGCAGCAUGCCGUGGAGAAUAGAAGUGAAACCCACUACAGCCCAGAAGAAUCAGGUCUCCACCACAAAAACUACAACGGAGGCUGAGGAGGCUGAGGAGGCUGAGGAGGCUGAGGAAGCUGCAGUCUCAAAACGUCGCACAAUUUUUGAAGAGAUCUUUGUUUUUGUCAAAUAAAGCUGAUGUUUAUACAGUGA